UGGAGUAGGAGGCGGGAGGAAGGGCAGGAGGAAGGGGUGCGGUCGCAGUCGCGGUCACGGUCGCGGGCCGGGAACGAGCUCCGAACACCAGCCCGCGAGGCCGCACACCUGUCUGGCUGUUCUGCCGCACACCAGUCCCCGCAGCCUCGCUUCAGGGUUAGUGUGACCUGAACUUAAGGCAAAGGUGGUAUAUCAUGGCAUCUCUCUGGGUUGGACACCGAGGGACAGUGCGAGAUUAUCCAGGCUGUAGCCCAUCAGUGGAUGCUGAAGCGAUUCGUAAGGCAAUCAGAGGAAUUGGAACUGACGAGAAAACACUCAUCAGCAUUCUAACUGAGAGGUCAAACGCACAGCGGCAGCUGAUUGUUAAGGAAUAUCAAGCAGCGUAUGACAAGGAACUGAAAAAUGACUUGAAGGGCGACCUCUCUGGCCACUUUGAGCAUCUCAUGGUGGCCCUCGUGACUCCUCCAGCAGUGUUUGAUGCGAAGCAGCUGAAGAAAUCCAUGAAGGGCACUGGAACAAAUGAAGAUGCAUUGAUUGAAAUCUUAACCACCAGGACAAGCAGGCAGAUGAAAGAGAUCUCUCAAGCCUACUACACAGUAUAUAAGAAGAGUCUUGGAGAUGACAUUAGUUCUGAAACAUCUGGUGACUUCCGGAAAGCUCUGUUGACUUUGGCAGAUGGCAGAAGAGAUGAAAGUCUGAAAGUAGAUGAGCAUUUGGCCAAAAAAGAUGCCCAGAUUCUCUAUAAUGCUGGUGAGAACAGAUGGGGCACGGACGAAGAUAAAUUCACUGAGAUCCUAUGUUUAAGGAGCUUUCCUCAACUAAAACUAACAUUUGAUGAAUACAGAAAUAUUAGCCAGAAGGACAUUGAGGACAGCAUAAAAGGAGAAUUAUCUGGGCAUUUUGAAGAUUUGCUGCUGGCCAUAGUUCAUUGUGCAAGGAAUAUGCCUGCCUUUUUAGCUGAAAGACUACAUCAAGCUUUGAAGGGUGCUGGAACUGAUGAGUUCACUCUGAACCGAAUAAUGGUUUCCAGAUCAGAAAUUGACCUUUUGGACAUUCGAGCAGAGUUUAAGAAGCAGUAUGGCUACUCCCUAAAUUCAGCAAUUAAAUCGGAUACUUCUGGAGACUAUGAAAUCACACUCUUAAAGAUCUGUGGAGGAGAUGACUGAGUCAAGAACAUCAUCUCCAAAGGUUGUUUGCUUCCAUGAUGGGCUUCUCCAACAGCUCUGCUUACUUCUCUUUCACGGGAUUUAAAAGUACAAGAAGUAUAAACAGCAAUCUGUUUUUCGUAACAGAAAUUGUCAUUGUUCCAUAACAACAACAAAGUGAUUAUCUUAAAGUAUUUCAUCAUAAUGUAGUAGUUUAUAAGUGAAAAUUUAAAAUGGUAUAAAGAAUCCGCUAAUACUCUCCAAAUUAUAUUUCUACUUAGGAAGUGAGAAUCAUUGUACAGUUCUAAAACAUUAAAUGCAAAAACAAGGUAAUAAAAGUUGUCACCUUUGUUAAA